UUUCGCUACCGUAUUAUCAAAAGAUAUGAAUGGAAGUGCGACUAUUGACGUUGUUGUCAAUGUAGGAAACGACACCACUGUUUUAACCUUUCGCCUCAAGUAAUGUCGUAUUCGGUAACUCGACAAUGAAUCUUCUAGAAUACCACAAUCUGGAACGUGUAGCAAUUGUUUGCAGUGGUUCCCGAUUAAUUUAGCCUAGCCUGCAUUGAUCAGCGCCGGGUGAACUUCAGUGUUUUGUUUGUCAAGUGUAACUUCAUUCCGCCCCACUGCCUUGCUUCUUGUCAUGGAGUCACUCGGGGCCAUUCUUGGGUGUUUGGCUCUAAGUGGACUUAUAUUUGCUGCCAACAGACUUGGCUUACUGUACCAGUUGUUCCACAAGACUGAGACAAAAAGCCCAAGGCAUGGUGGCGAAAGCGUGGCAGAGGUCCUGCGUGCCCACGGGAUCAAGUAUGUCUUCACUCUGGUUGGUGGACACAUCUCGCCCAUCCUGGUGGCCUGCGAGAAAGUGGGCAUCCGGAUUGUGGACACCAGGCACGAGGCCACGGCUGUCUUUGCUGCUGAUGCAGUGGCGCGGCUUUCAGGUACCGUUGGUGUAGCUGCAGUGACUGCCGGCCCAGGUCUCACUAACACCGUGACAGCGGUGAAGAACGCUCAAAUGGCGGAAUCGCCCUUGUUGCUCAUCGGAGGGGCUGCUGGGACACUUCUUCAGGGCAGAGGAGCACUGCAAGACAUUGACCAAAUGUCUCUGUUUAAGCCUCUGUGUAAGUUCUGUGCCUCCAUCAGAACGGUCCGAGAAAUCGUGCCUGUUGUCAGAAAGGCGCUGGCUGUUGCCCAGUCUGGAACACCCGGGCCCGUUUUUAUAGAAUUCCCCAUCGACACUCUGUACCCUUACCAUUUGGUGUCCAGAGAGUUUGCUGUUAAAAACCCUCCCAAAGGCCUGAUGGGCAAAAUUAUCUCCUGGUACCUUAACAACCACCUCACGAACAUUUUUGCUGGUGCCUGGGAGAGAAGAGACGUUUCACCUCUACCUGUUGACAUUCCACAAGCCACAGAUGAUCAGGUACAAAAGUGUAUUGAGCUGGUAAGCCGAGCCAAGAAGCCUGUUAUCCUCCUCGGAAGCCAAGCCACGCUACCACCAACACCAGUCAAUGAGAUCAGGCGUGCUUUGGAGGACUUGGGCAUUCCUUGCUUCCUUGGGGGCAUGUCUCGAGGCAUGCUCGGUAAAGACAGCCCAAUCCACAUUCGACAAAACAGACGCGAUGCUCUGAAGGAGGCCGAUGUUGUGAUCCUCGCAGGCACGGUGUGCGACUUCCGUUUGGGCUACGGCAAAGUUCUGAACAGACGUAGUAAGAUCAUCGCUGUCAACAGAGACAGGAUGCAGCUGCUCAAAAACUCGGAUAUGUUCUGGACACCAACUGUCGCAAUUCAAGGUGACGCUGGUUCAUUUUUAGUACGGCUUUUCAAAGGCUUAAAGGGCCAUCGAUGUCCGGAAGAAUGGCCUCAAACCCUCAAAGCAGGAGACGUGAUCAAAGAAAACAUAAAUAGGGUUAAAGCCGAUGAGAAGACGGAGCAUCACCUGAACCCCUUGAAGGUACUUCACGUGUUGGACGAGCACAUGUCAGAGGACAGUAUCAUUGUAGCGGACGGCGGGGAUUUCGUAGGAAGUGCUGCUUAUAUCUUGAGGCCGCGGGCACCGCUGCGUUGGCUCGAUCCAGGGGCCUUUGGAACGCUGGGCGUAGGAGGAGGAUUUGCGCUCGGUGCAAAACUGUGCCGGCCUGAAUCAGAGGUGUGGAUUGUCUACGGUGACGGUUCCCUUGGAUACAGUGUUGCCGAGUUUGACACGUUCACUCGACAUAAGACACCAGUUAUUGCUGUGGUGGGAAAUGACGCAUGUUGGAGUCAGAUUUCCAGAGAACAGGUUCCCAUUCUGGGCAGCAACGUGGCAUGUGGCCUGGCAUAUACAGAUUAUCACACUGUGGCUGAUGGGUAUGGUGGUAAAGGCUACCUUAUAAGGCGUGAGGAUGAAGAGCAGCUCGGGUACAUCAUCAGGGAGGCUCGAAAGGAAAGCCGAAUGGGAAAAGCAACACUUCUCAAUGUCCUGAUAGGCAAAACUAACUUUAGAGAGGGCUCCAUCUCUGUUUAAUGUUCAUGUGCUCUGAGCAUAUUCAGCCAGUACCAAUGGCUGCUUUAAUUAUUAUUAUUAUUAUUUUUUUUUUAUAGUAUAGAAGAAAAUGGAUCGUGAAAGCCUUAAUCAUACAGUUAAACAUUUUCUGCUUCCAGGGUUACUUUUCUGCCCAAACCAUAAUCAUUGCAUUUCAAUAAGGGACACCCGCAAAAAAAAAAAAAAAAAAAAAAAAACGCUGGCAUUGGGCUAAAUAAACCCUCCUGUCACAAUUUGGUAAAUUUCAUAUUUUUCACAAAUUUAUACUACUGUCCACUCCACACUUGUGUUUUUGUUUUUCUAAAUUGACAAAUCAAAAGCGUUGAAAAUGGCUCGCUGUCUUUGACGAUGUAAUGCUAAUGACAAUAAACAUGCCGUUUUUGGGGAACUGCCGAAAAGUGAGAAUUUUUUUCGAUACAAGUAAUUCCACCCAACGUUAUCAUCAACUUGUACAGAGCAUUUGUUCACCACGUACGUAUUGCAGUUUCUUGCGUUGUUAAUUAGAUGCAACCAGAAUGCCUUCAAUCCCGUUGUGAAAUGAACAUUAAGCCUUUGUGUUUGAAACCUGUUGUAUUCUCCAGAGCAGGGGUGCCCAAGUCCGUGUCUUGAAAUCCCCGAUCCAGCCUGUUGACAAUUUCUCCCUCUUCCAACACACCUGAUUCAAAUGAUCAGGAUCAUAAUCAGGCUUUUCAGGCUGAAGAAUUUGAAAACAUUUUGAAUGCUUUCAAGUAUAUGCCUUUCGGAUGCUCAGAUAGAAUAACAGUAAUAUACAGUAUUGCAGAAUAUAUUGAUAUAUGUGACUGUAAUAUACACAAAUGAUGUCAUUUUUAGCAGGUGGAUGUUAUUUCAUCUCAGGGGCCAGUUGUUUGUCCUCCAAGACCAUAUUAAACGUUAGAAAAAAAAUAUAUGAUAGCAAUCAGUCAAACAAAUACUCAUUUUUAUAUAAGAUGAGCAUUUCAGGGUUUAGUGUUUUUGUGAUUUUUAGAGCACUUUCCCCUGGGGGGUUUUGUCGUAUUUCUAGAAUUGCAUAGCAGGCCAGAUCAAAUGCUCCCGCCCACUCCUGCUUUACAUUCUGCAUCAUAUAUUGCACUAUAAAUGUUCAUGAUUGGUUCACAAGGAAAAUGCACGUUUAUUGCUGCUGUAUGAAGGGAUUUUUUUCAGUGUCCAAUAGAAAAUGUGUGUUGAAUUUCAUUAUCUAAUAAACUGACAAAUAAAGAC